UUGUAAAUCAGAGCAGUCAACUUCACCAGUGAUAUCCUUUUUCAUUCAAAGGAUUCCCACAAUGGCUGGAGAUUCUAGGAAUGCUAUGAACCAGGACAUGGAGAUUGGAAGCACUCCCAGGGACCCUAAGAAGAUUCCCAAGCAGGCCCGUGACUAUGUCCCCAUUGCCACAGACCGAACUCGUCUGCUCACAGAAGUCAAAAAACCCCGUCAGCGUUACAUGGAGAAGAGUGGCAAGUGCAAUGUGCACCACGGCAACGUCCAGGAGACCUACCGGUACCUGAGCGACCUCUUUACCACCCUGGUGGACCUCAAAUGGCGCUUCAAUCUGCUUGUCUUCACCAUGGUCUACACCUUCACCUGGCUGUUUUUCGGCUUUAUCUGGUGGCUCAUUGCUUAUAUCCGGGGUGAUCUGGACCAUGUGGGUGAUCAGAACUGGAUCCCAUGUGUUGAAAACCUCAGUGGCUUUGUGUCUGCUUUUCUGUUUUCCAUUGAGACUGAAACCACCAUUGGGUAUGGCUUUCGGGUCAUCACAGAGGAGUGUCCUGAGGGGAUCAUCCUCCUCUUGGUGCAGGCAAUUCUCAGCUCCAUCGUGAAUGCUUUCAUGGUGGGGUGCAUGUUUGUUAAGAUAAGCCAGCCAAAGAAGAGGGCAGAAACACUCAUGUUUUCCAACAAUGCUGUCAUCUCUAUGCGGGACGAGAAGCUCUGUCUCAUGUUCCGGGUGGGUGAUCUCCGCAACUCCCACAUUGUGGAAGCCUCCAUCCGCGCCAAGCUCAUCAAGUCUCGGCAGACCAAAGAAGGGGAGUUCAUCCCCCUGAACCAGACUGACAUCAAUGUGGGCUUUGAUACUGGGGAUGACCGUCUCUUCCUGGUGUCCCCACUCAUUAUCUCCCAUGAGAUCAAUGAGAAGAGCCCUUUCUGGGAGAUGUCUCGGGCUCAAUUGGAUCAAGAGGAAUUUGAAGUUGUGGUCAUUCUAGAAGGGAUGGUUGAGGCAACAGGCAUGACUUGCCAAGCACGAAGCUCCUACAUGGAUACUGAGGUUCUCUGGGGCCACCGGUUCACACCAGUCCUUACUCUGGAAAAGGGCUUCUAUGAGGUGGACUACAACACUUUCCAUGACACCUACGAGACCAACACUCCCAGCUGUUGUGCCAAAGAGCUGGCAGAGAUGAAGCGAGACGGCCGACUGCUUCAGUACCUCCCCAGUCCACCCUUGAUGCGGGGCUGUGCUCAGACAGAGCCAGAAGCUGAGGCUGAACAGGACAGAGAAGAGAGGCCUGAGGGGCUGAAAGAAUCCCAGGAGACCAAGGGCUCAAUGUGAGCAUUGACUAUCCCUACAGCUUCCCAUCUCAGUGGCUACUGAGAACAAAG